AUGGAGAUGAGCGGUCGAGACACGUCACAGCGUCUAGACCGACUUUCGUACGUGCGCUCGGAUGUCUCGAGCGUUGGCGAAGACGAACCGGAGCAAGUUAUUAGCGACACUUUGAUCAGGAAGAAUGACGGCGAAGAAGGUCCGCAACUUCGGUCUGGUGACGUGCCUAAUUUGUACCAUUGGCGCCAUGUUGGUCUACUGGUGCAAUAUGCAGCCGUAGGUUUGCUCUACGGUGGACUGCCUCGCACCGUGUACCCAUUUCUGAAUAAUUACUUGCAUUUGGAUGGGUACCAGACGCUGUCAGCACGUGUGUUACUCUCGCUGCCGUGGUCGUUUAAAGUGAUCAUUGGUGUUGUGUCCGACUGUUUCCCCAUACUAGGCUCACGUCGCAGGGCGUACAUGAUCGUGGGGUGGCUUGUGUGUUCAAGCAUGCUUUUAGUUCUCGUUUUCGUACACCAAGAGCCUCCUUUUUACAUCGACUCGCAGCUACGCGGCAAAGACCUCUCGGAUCUGAGUCCAGCUGAGCUGCGAGGUCGAAUCAAUUGGCAAGCACUAAGCUCGGGCUCUCUCUACAUCGUAGUGAUGAUGCUGGCAAGCUUAGGCUACAUGAUCGCUGACGUAGCUUCCGACGGUCUUGUCGUGGAGUUUGCGCAGCGGGAGCCAGAAAACAGCCGUGGCAACAUCCAGUCUACCGUCUACCUCGUGCGCAGUAUUGCAAUGAUUUUGGCAGCUCUUUUGGUCGGCUUUGGCUUGAACAGCAAUGAUUACGGCGGGUCAUUUACGUGGUCAUUUACGAUGAGCCAGCUGAUGUUGAUUCUCUCGCUACUGAGUUUAUUAGCCAUUCCGGCUGCGCUAUGGUUGGUGCAAGAGCCGCCACUCGGCGACCACGUACCACGUUUCGGUGAUUACCUGCGUAGCUUAUGGUCAUUGAUUCAAAACUCCGCUAUGGUGCAAAUCUUGGCCUACCGAUUUUUCAGCGGAAUCUUUGAUGGUUUUACGAUUACGGCAGGUGACCCGAUUCAACGAUAUUGGGCCAAAGUGCGUCCACUCAACGAGAGUUUGUUCUCCGUGCUUGGACUCGUCGUUUUCAGUGCAGCGUUAUACGUUACUAAGCGUAUUGGAUUGGGUUGGAGCUGGCGACGCGCUAUUAUAUGGACAACUGUGUCGGUGAUUGUGUUGGAUGCAAUUGUUGGCAUGCUCACUAUUUGGAACGUGGUGCGCAGCCAGUGGUUCUGGUUAGGAACACCAAUUUUGGAAGAGCUGCCACAAGCUAUGAACUUCCUUGUGUCAACAUUUGUUGUUGUGGAGCUGGCUGAGAUCGGUAACGAAGCUGCCGUGUAUGGGCUGCUGACCACUGUGAGCAAUUUGUCCAGUCCUUUCUCCUCUUGCAUCUCCAAGAACGUCAACGCGCUGUUUGACGUAACCGUGACCGACAUUAUCCAAGACACAGCGCACGUGCGUCAGCAAGUCACGUGGACAUUUGUGAUCGCCUACAUCAUGAAGCUGCUGUCACUCGCGUGGUUGCCGUUGCUUCCUCGUCAGAAGCGCGAAACGCAGGCGCUGAAGCAACGCGCACGGCCGUGGUUCUGGGGAGGUGUCGCCAGUAUCUCCGUAUUCACAUUUGCCUUGGUGUGGUCCGUUACGACAAACCUGCUUUCGAUCUUCUCGAGUACUGCGUGCCUGGUCAUUGCUGGUGGAACAGGGUGCAAGUAG